AUGUUCAUAAUAAUAUCUUUAGCAAUUAUUGGAGCGGUAACAGUGGCCUAUAUUAUAUUUGAUUCCUUCAGAAGUGUAAUUGAAUUAAUAGUAUCGCAUUUGACACCGUAUUUUCUUCCACAAGACGUUCAACCUCUAUGGAAGAAGUAUGGAAAUUGGGCAGUCAUAACUGGCAGUACGGAUGGUAUCGGCAAGCACUACGCGUUAGAAUUGGCACAGAAGAGUAUCAACAUUGUACUAAUCAGCCGAAACACUGAUAAAUUGAAAAGCGCCGCUGAAGAAAUUGAGAAAUAUGGUGUGAAGACGAAAAUAAUUGUAGCUGAUUUCAGCAAAGGAAUUGAAGUAUAUCAGCACAUUGAAGACGAGCUAAAGGACAUACCAAUAGGAAUUCUAGUGAACAACGUAGGAGUUCAGUAUGAAUAUCCUAUGCCUCUAUGUGAGCUCCCAACGGCUAAAGCCUGGGAGAUCAUCAACGUGAACGUGGUAGCUGUCACCACCCUCACAAGAAUGCUGCUACCAGCGAUGGUAGCCAGGGGCAAGGGGGCAGUCGUCAAUGUAUCCUCAGGAUCUGAACUCCAGCCGCUGCCUCUGAUGGCUGUGUACGCGGCUAGUAAGGUGUACGUACGUAACUUUACGCAGGCCAUACGCGAUGAAUAUUCUCCAUUAGGAAUUUACGUGCAACACGUUUCACCGCUUUUCGUCUCCACCAAGAUGAACAACUUCUCCCAAAGGUUGAUUGAUGGCAACCUUUUGGUUCCCGAUGCUGCGACAUAUGCGCAAAGUGCUGUACACCUACUUGGUAGAGUGCAGAAUACCACAGGCUACUGGCUGCAUGGUAUACAGUAUUUUUUCAUAAAGUUGGCGCCGGAACGACUACGAAUGAGGAUCGGACAUCACAUGAACAAAGACUUUAGAAACGAGCACUUUAGAAAUACCAAGCUUAAGGCUCAGUGA